UUUUACAAUAUACAUGAUAAAAGUUUGUUUUUAUAUCUAACACGUGUAAUUAUUUGUUGUGUUUCGGCAAUACACAUUAUUUAAAUUUACGCGAAUAAAUAUUAAUUGUUAUUAAGUUAUCACGGGAAUAGAAUCGAGCGGAAUGGGCAAUAAACGACACGGUUGUUCUAACGCAUAUUUUGCAAAAAAAAGAAGAGAAAAACAAGGAACAGAUUCUUCAGUUACACCUAAAGAAGACACUCGUAGUCCUUAUGUGACCACUAUAAGGCAUAACGAAAAAUUCCUUCAACAUUACAAAAUGCAAGGUAUCUGCCAUGAAAACGAAUGGGACCAAUUUGUUGAUGUGUUGAAAAGCGAUUUACCGACUUCGUUUCGCAUAACAGGCAGUUGUGAAGCAGAAGCCAAAGCGCUGUUGGAGUUGGUAGAAGGUGUUUUCUUUACCGAUUUACUGAAACACGAUCAAGCUGAACAAAAAAACUGUAGUAAACCCUUUUGUCUACCAUGGUACCCUGAACGAUUGGGUUGGCAGUUAAAAAUCACUCGCAAAGAUAUCCGCGGGUCAGAAGCGUACUAUCGUUUGCACAAUUUUUUAAUAUCCGAAACCGAAAAUGGUAAUAUUUCCAGACAAGAAACAGUCAGCAUGAUCCCUCCUUUGUUGUUGAAUAUCAAGCCCAGCGAUAAGGUACUGGAUAUGUGUGCUGCGCCAGGUUCAAAAACCGCUCAACUCAUUGAAGCCCUUUAUUCGGGAUCUACUACUUCGGUCCCUGACGGUUUAGUUAUCGCUAACGAUGUUCACAACUCGCGUUGCUACAUGUUGGUACAUCAGGCCAAACGACUAAAUAGUGCUAAUAUUGUAAUCACCAAUCAUGAUGCUUCGGUUUUGCCAUCAAUGAUUAUGGAUGAAAUUGGUGAGUCUGUUUUGAAAUUUGACAAAAUCCUUUGCGAUGCUCCGUGUUCAGGCGACGGGACGUUACGCAAAAAUCCAGAUAUAUGGACCAAGUGGAGUCCCGGGAACGCAAACAAUUUACACGGAAUUCAAUAUCGCAUUUUGAAGAGAGGUUUAGAACUGUUAAAUGUCGGCGGACGUUUAGUGUAUUCCACAUGUUCCUUUAACCCGGUUGAAAACGAAGCCGUGAUCAACCGUAUGCUGACUGAAGCUUCAGGCAGUGUAAUGCUUCUUGAUGCGCGAGACAACUUGGAGGGGUUGAAGUGUGCAAAAGGACUGGUCAAGUGGAAAGUUGUAUCGAAAGAUUUAGAUGUUUACGAAAAUUUUGAACAAGUACCUGAGAAAUGGUCUACUCAAAUACGACCCCAGAUGUUUCCGCCCAAAGAAGACGUGCACAACUUAACAAAAUGUAUUCGUAUACUUCCUCAUCAUCAAGAUACCGGUGGGUUUUUUGUCGCUGUGUUAGAAAAAAUCAAAUUGCUUCCGUGGGAAACGUCAGUGAAAGAUACCACCAACAAUGACACUGAAAAACUGUUGGAUAAUACAGAAAACAAGGUAGACACUAGGAGGAAACCAAAAAAAAAAAAAUACCACGGUUACAAAGAAGAUCCGUUUGUGUUUUUAGCUGAUAACGAUGAAGUUUGGCCAGCAAUCAGGGAUUUCUACGACCUUAGCGAUUUUCCCAUAAACUGUUUGUUGACUAGAUGUUCUGUAGGUAAAAAAAAAAAUAUUUACUAUACAUCUUCAUCUAUAAGAGGUAUAGUGAACAACAAUCAAGAACGUGUUAAAAUUAUCAACACUGGAGUCAAAACUUUUGUCCGUUGCGAUAACAAAUCGAUGGGAUGCAAUUUCAGGCUUGCUCAAGAGGGAUUGCCUAGUAUUACCGGUUACGUGGGAUCAAAGAGACGUGUAAAGCUGAGUCGUGAUGAAAUUGUUAUAGUACUUAAAAACCCGGUGGUUCCAGUGGCCAAUUUAAAAGAAAAUACCAUAGAAAAAUUAGUCGAUUUUGGAGUGGGGAGUUGCAUAUUGAAUGUGGACGAUGAAGAUAAAUUUCCGCUUGAGUUGGUCGGUUGGAAAGGAUUUUCAACCCUGAAAGCUUAUAUAAAUGGAGAAUGCCGCUUACAUUAUUUGCGAAUACUCGGCGUGGACGUAUCGGAAUUUGAUGUUAACAAAUUCAAGAAAGACGUGGCUGAUGAUGAUAAACCAAAGAUAAGCGAUACCGUUAUCUCAGACAUGCAAGAUAUUGCAAUUGAUCAAAGCUCGAGUGAAACGCCACUAGAAUGACGACAACGACUUGAAACCAGUGUAUGACAAAUGCCCAGAAACGAUGUAUGUUUUCAACAUUCGCGGCUAAGUAAAAAUAAGAAGAAACUAAGAAUAUCACCUAUGAUUGGCGACACCUAUUAGUAUAUUACAAACAUUUAUACAACAAUUUUUAUAAACAUUGUAAAUUAUAUUUAAAAAUAUCGUUAUGUUGUAUAACAGCGCAUACUGUAAUUUCAAUUUUGUAAUACAUUAAACAUACAAAGAUAAA